AGAUGACUCGUUCUUUAAAAAAAGUAUCCUUAUAUCGCAAGAAUGUAGACAUUGGUACCAACGCAAUUGAGUACAUUUUUUCCCUAUGUCGUAAACAGAAGAGUGAACAGUCAUGUCGUAUACUAUCCUUGAUUUUGUGAGUGGUCCAUGGCUUGAUUUAUAACUGAUAACAGUAGUGAUGUCAUGAUAUAGUGAUAACAUAAUACUGUUUACUUUUGUAGAGACUACGAUCUGUUCCAUUAGCACUUAUAGAAUAUUACUUAAGAUAGACAUUUUUAGGGAGACCUAUGUUAUCCAUCUAGCGGGCUCAUUAUUUGGGUUGGGGUAUGAAGCAGUUGCAACGCUUGAAUGAGGUAAAACUUGCACUCAUACCCCCCAAAAUGAGCUUUUUAUUUUCUUAUAUGAUAAUAAGACUUUGGUAAUUCAUACUUUUUUACUUGGCCUAUUGAUAGCCAUCCCUUCUAGUCAUAGUUAUUUAACAGAUCUCUCACUGCUAACCCAACCAAAUCUGGAACUGGAACUGGUUUUCUAAUCUUUUUUAAAGCCCUCUUAUGUGUGACAAAUAUGGGUCAACUUUUAGCUUGAUGCUGUACCCCAGCUAACAAGCUUAUGUAUGUUAGGGAUGGGCAGGUAGUGGUACCCAGUACCGGAACUCCUGGUUCUACCGAAGGAGGUGUCAGUACCGGCACCAGGCCCCCAGUGCCAGCUCUGGGAAGGAGCUGUCCCAACGGUUUUUUACCGGGCCAUGGGAAGUGUGCAGUGUUUAGGCCUAGGCCUAGCAGCUGUUACGUUAGAUGCACAACGCUACGGGUGACCUUGUUACAUGACUUCAGAUUCAAAAUUGAAUAUCAAAAACCAAGUUUGCUUAAAUCUAAAUAUGGCUUCGAAUCAGGUUCCGCGAGAGCCACUUUGCUUAUGCAGGCGGCGCAGAUCGUGGCGUAUGUGAGAUGCGAGAUGCUCUGUCUAUGACGUCACCUCCUAGCCUUCUUUGCACCCAGUGCUGAGAAACUACCGACACUGGGUUUCACCGGUACCGCCCAGCACUAAUGUAUGUGCCUCUCUUCCUCUGCACCCACCUACCCACCUUUGUUUACUCUUGGAACCUCAAACUGUUACUUUCUAGAAUUGUAUGUUUACAAAGUGAAGCUUUUUUACUCCUUUACAGGUCUGAUGAAAGAGAAAAUACUCCACACUGCAGAGUGAAAAUGUCUUGGCAGCAAAACAGGGGCCCUGGGAGGCAAAGCCUUCCUGUGACAGCCCAGGCCUUAGAAGAACGGAUCAACAUGUACAUAAGUGCAAUGGACAAAGCUGCUGCACUGAACAACCUGCAGCAAUCCUCACAGCUCCAGCGAGACAUACAAUUGCUAGUGGAUCUCAUGGAGAGGGUCAGCGCUGGUCAGGCUGUUUGUGAAGCAGAAGUCCCUCCACCCCUUGAUAUAACACCUCAGAAUGAUAUUCUAGCUAACCCACUGGGUGAGCUGUCAUCUAGAAUGAGUGAAUACCACAAGGCCCUCUACUUUGCUGAGGAAGAGCUGUCAGAUCAGAGGAUCAACAAAAUAAAAGACUUUCAGAGAGGAUUGCACUUGAUGCACAGUUUACAGAAGAGGGCUCAGGAUGGUUUUCCUAUCAGAGCAGAUGAGAUCCCGCCUUCUGUUGUCAUUCCCAGUGAUGAUGAAUUUGACAAUGAUGCUGUGAACACCUUAAAUGGGAGGAUCUCUCAGUACAAGGCUGUCUUGGCUUCUGCUCAGAAUGGACAAGAAGGUGAUCGGAGGAAAGUGCCCAAGAUCCUGAGCGGAUUACGGACUUUGGAAUUUUUGAUGACAAGAGCUAAAGCAAGAAGACCUGUGUGGAAAAGAGACAUUCCUCCAGAAUUUGAUUACUAUGGAGGAGAGGGAGCUCAAGAUUAUGACAAGAGUAUCAACAAGGCUAAAAUUGUCCUGCAAGUCCGAUCUCUCCUGGCAAGAUGCUCAAAAGUUCACAUAAAGAAUAAGGAGAAACAUCAGUCUUUUCAAAGUUUACUACAGAGUCUGAGGGACAUGGACAAAGCUCUCACUAGUAAUCCAUCUCACGGAGAGUUAAAGAAGAUUCACUCGAGUCUCAUGAAAUUGAAAAUGGAUGUGGAUGGUGUGGAGAAAUUUUCAGAAACUGAAGAUGCUUUGGCUGAACAGUUGCAGGAGGAGAAAUCGAAAAAACGAGUUGAAGAUUUGGCAUUGAUUGAUGCAAGAAUAGGUGAAUACAAAACAGCAGCUUUGAAUGCAAAGAGGGAUAAUCAAGUUGAGCAUGCCAUAAAGCAUUUCAAAGUAUUGAAAGGUCUGCAGUCUUUAAAGGAGCAGCUAGGAAGAGAAAUUGAUGUUGAUAUGACACUUGUGCCACCACCUCCUCCUGUGUUCACCCCAGUGAAUGAGUCUCAGCCUCCGCUACCCUCAGCUAGAGAUGGCCCGGCUGGUUCCAGUGUGAAUGGUGCUGCAGCGGAUCUGUCUCCUGUCCUCCUUAAACCUCCCUUGGAGACGGCAGAAGACAGACUGGCCAAGCAGUUAUCCUCAUACCUCGAUGAAGGAAAUACAAUGAACGUUGCAAGUGUCACGAAUAAGAACUCAGAAAGUGGUGCUGUCAGUCAGCCUGAGUCUGUUUCUCUGAAGGCAGAGAAUCCACCUGUAGAGGCCAAUGAAAAUUCGGAUAUUUCAGGUAAUUCUAAAAAUAGCAGUAGCAGAAGCCUGAGUUUGGAUGAGAUUGGCUCAUUGCCGUGUGGUGAAGGUGGAGUGGAGCCACGUAGAAAUGAUGAUGUGCUGCCACAGGAGGAGAGCUCUGAGACAUCCCCUGGGGCAGAGUUCAAAGUUGAUGGGGCAUUAAGAGAUAUUAAGCCACAGUUGGAAGAGCCUUCUCAGAAUCCAGAUAAUGCUUUGUCAUUCUCAGCAGCUAAUGAAAUUUCUUCAUCCCCUGUGACAGAGUCAUCUUUUAAUGAAAAUGUACAGGAGUUUGAUGAGAAAAAUACAAAAGGUGGAGAUGGUUGGGGGGAAGGUGACGUCACGUCUGGAAGAACGCAAAUGUCCGGUAUAGCAGAGACGACUUCUGCAGUGGAGGAGGAGGCCCCAAGCCCUCCAAGAACUUCUGAAAUCUACAACAGGAAAACUUUGGACAGUGUUGGUUUUCUUUCAUGUCAAAAUGUGCCUCAAGUUACAUAUAAUCAAGAGAGCUUAAUUGAAAGCUCUGCUUUAGUGCCUUCUGCUCAGAUUUUCCCACCCGGUGUAAGAGAGACAAUCAGUGAGGAAGUUAAUAAUGUUUCUAAAGAAAUACCAAGCUCACCAACACAGUCUGUAGAGCCAUCGAUUGAUAAUGCAGAAACUGUUUCGAAUGAUGUGGGAGGAUUUCACAGUAGUUCUGGAGACCGGAAAAUUGAUGUAGAAGAGUGUGCAGUGGAGGGGCUUUUGUUGCCAGAGGAAGCAGGCACUCAAAGCUUGAAGGAAAAAAGUGCAAGCCAUUUAGUUAUAAGUGAUGCCCACCCACACUCGUCUCUUUCUUCCAUUGAUGGUCAAGUCACAUCUACUGCACCUACUUCCCUUUCUGCUACGCAAGUGAAUGAGGGCGAGGUUGCCAGACCAGUACUUGACAGCUCUUCAAAUCUACCAGACGUGACAGGAGGAGCGAAUAGUUUAGAAGCCAACCUUAAUGUAAAGAACACUGUGCAGAUACAGGACAACACAACAGAAAUUCAUUCAGAUUCUGGGGUGUCAGCCACUUCAGCAGAAUCACUGUCAAAUCCAACAGAGCUGAAAGACACAUCUCCUGUGACACCUCAAGAGCUGCUUGUUGGUUCAAUGAGUUCUGAGACUGUGUUGAAAUCAGACCCAUUUAAGAAUGAGAAAUCAACUGGUGACUCUAUCUCUGCUAAUGAUGAUUUAGAAUUCCAGGAUUUAAUGGAGUCCAUGUCGAUGCCGAACAUAUCGGCUCAGGCGAUACCACCUGUUUCCAGCGGUGGCUUAGAUUCACUCUCAGUAAAUGAUGCUUCUUCGUCAUCCGAUACACAUUCCUUGCCGGCUAUACCUGGUUCACCAACAUCUUGUGAUAGAGAAAAAUUGAGAUCAGUCCAGAAAUCUGUCCCUCCUUCCAAUUUUUCUCUAAGUAAUCAAAAUAAUGAAAUGGAGCACCAGGGAUUGAUGUUAAAAAAUAACGUUUGUGUUUCUGACCAAGUGAAUUUUGGGUCAAAUCCUGCAACCAUCAGCUCCCUGCCUCCUGUGUUAUUGGUAUCAAAAGAAUUCUCCUCAGAGCCGCAGAACAUUCCCACCUUUGAGAAUGUGACCCAGCCACGUGGCCCUGAUCUGUCGCUCCCGUUCUCCAGUGGUCACGCACCACCCAUUCACAGUAGUCCAGGCAGUGGGAGUCCUGUGGUGAGACGAUCUCCCAUCAAACAAUGUCCUUCAAUGACGCAAAAUGGACAAGGUUUUGACUUGAGGGACAUUAAGAUGAUGGAUCCAAAUGCUGGAAAUACAGAGGUGACUCUCAGAUGUCUGGAAAACCUCAAGUAUGAUUUUCUCUUGGCAGAGACAAAGAGUUCAAGUGUCGAGGCAGAGCAAUUGAGAGAUCAAAUGAGCAAGAUUAAGAGGAAACUGCGGAACGGAGGCAGACAAACAUGGGAUGUGUAUAAGCAUUGUGUCCAGUCGGAACUUGCAUCCACGGAGAGGAAGAUGGAGGAGAUGAGAUGUGCCCAGCAAUGGGAUGAGGUGCAGUUGUUAUCCCAGAAGAAGACGCUGGCUGAGAGAGAGCUUGCCGUGUUGCGAGUCCGACUUCCAGAGCUGAAUUACUGAGCUAAGAAAGAAGAGACGUAAAAUGAACUUUCACCCUUUUUGAAGCAUUUGCCAGGACGAUAAAAAGCUCGGGUUUCAAUUAUAAGAAACUCCUUUGAGAAUGGACAAAGGCCAUGUGUUUUGUAUUUUGAAUGGGUGCAAAUGGGCAUUGUAGCUUCUUAAACCUGUUCUGAAUAAUUUAUGCUUUCAGCAGUAAAAUUGUUUUUCAAUC